UCCAAGUGCCAAAUGAGUGGUAUGGAGAAAAUAAGUGCAUGGAAGCCAGAAGGUGGGCAAGAUUUUGCCUCCUCAAGGUGAAUGAGGCUUGAAGGGGCCAUCUUUGUGAUCCUUCCCCAUCUGGGGCCCAUCCUGGUCUGGCUGUUCACUCAUAAUCACAGGUCCAGUUGGUGUGAGGGCCUGAGGAUGCUGUCCUGGUGCCCGCCCCACAAAGUCUUAUUGGUUAUAUGGACAACUGUCUACUCUGUUAUGGGCUAUGCCUCCUACCUGGUGUGGAAUGACUUGGGAGGGGGCUUUGGGUGGCCCCUGGCCCUGCCUCUCGGCCUCUAUGCUGUACAGCUCACCAUCAGCUGGACGGUCCUGAUUCUCUUUUUCACAGCCCACAACUCUGGUCUGGCCCUGCUGCAUCUGCUGCUGUUGUACGGGCUGGUGGUGAGCACAGCACUGACCUGGAACCCCAUCAACAAGCUGGCUGCCCUGCUACUGCUGCCCUACCUGGCCUGGCUCACCGUGACCAUUGCCAUCACCUACCACCUGUGGAGGGACAGUCUCUAUCCAGAGCACCGGCCUCAUCCCACAGAGAAGAGUGCCUGAGGCCCCAGGGCAUAGGAGAGGAGGGGGACAGCCAGGGUGGGGAGAAGAGUCUGUAGGCAGGGCUGUGGGGCUGGG